CGAAGCAUUGCGAGGUUGAUGUUGACGUUGGUGGAAGGGUGUGGCAACAUAGUUCAUGGGCCGAGUUUUAGUCCGGGACUUGACUACAGCCCAAGAGACACCCCGUCGGAGCGACAGAGCGCUGGGCAGCAGCAGCACCAUCUUUGGUUCCCACGCGCUACGGAGGCGUCCGCUCUGUCCAUCUCGGUCACCACUCACUGCUGUCUCUCUAACUAUUCAGCAAGCACUGCGUGUGCAAGAUGCCCUUUGUCGACGUGGUCCGCGCGCUUUACGACUACGCUCCGCAGAGUGAGGAGGAGCUCGAGGUCCGGGAGGGCGAUCUGCUCUUCGUGCUCGACAAGAGCGACGAUGACGAUUGGUGGAAGUGCAAGAAGAAGGCCGCCUCAGACGACGACGAGGAGCCCGAAGGCCUGGUGCCCAACAACUACGUCGAAGAGGUGCAACCCAUCAGCCAUGCAAAGGCGCUGUACGACUAUGCUCAACAGACCGACGAGGAGCUGAGCUUCAAGGAGGACACGCGCCUGGACGUAUACGACGAGACUGAUCCCGACUGGACGCUGGUCGGACAUAAUGGCAAAUACGGCUUUGCCCCUGCCAUAUACAUCGAGCGCGUGGAUGCAGCGGCGGCGGCGGCGGCGGCACCAGCAGCCUCAGCGCCGCCGCCAGCUCGAGUGCUGGCACCUGCUCCGCCGUCUAUACAUGCUCGCCCACCCCCGGCCGACGACGAGCCACUCCCCGGUGAGGCUGACUAUGUUCCGCCGGCGUCACCACAGUCUGCUGCAGGCAACCCGGCGGCUGCUCUGGCAGGCAUCAUCGCACAGAGGACCGGUGGUGCUACUGCUUCUCCUUCCACGGAUCGAGGACUCGCCUCUCCUGCUAAGCCCCAACGGCCGGAGUAUACACCCGAGCAGAGUGACGAAGAAGCCGCACCGUCCUUGCCACGUCGCCCGCCGUCGCAGGCUAUGUCUCCAACCUCGCCUGCUCCGCUCCAGACCCAGUACGCAUCUCGUCUUUCGCCAGAGCCAGCCGGAGUACUUGCGUCACCACCCUACAACCGAGCUGCCCCCGCGCCAUACGACGACGAUUAUGCAGACGAAGUGACCUCAACGCGAGGCUUCCACCUCUACAAUGUUCAUGAAAUGGUGUCGCACAUGGGAAAGAACAAAAAGAUGCCCACCACUCUCGGCAUCAAUAUCGCCAAAGGCAUUAUCAUGAUCAGCCCAGAGAAGAGCAGAGACGGUCCGAGUAAGGAGUGGACUGCGGAGAAGCUCACACAUUACAGCAUCGAAGGAAAGCAUGUAUUCGUGGAACUGAUCAGACCGAGCAAGAGCAUCGAUUUCCACGCUGGUGCAAAGGAUACUGCCCAGGAAAUUGUUUCUGCGCUUGGUGAGCUAGCGGGUGCAGUGCGACAAGAAGGUCUCAGAGAGGUAUUGGCUGCGAGCGCUGGGACCGGUGGAGGGCUGAAAAAGGGCCGGAUGCUCUACGAGUUCAUGGCCCAGGGAGAUGAUGAAGUGACUAUGGCUCAAGAAGAUGAGGUUAUCAUUCUGGACGACGCGAAGAGCGAAGAGUGGUGGAUGGUAAGGCGCCUAAAGAAUGGCAAAGAAGGCGUGGUUCCCUCUUCGUACGUUGAGGUCACGGGUACUAUAUCGCAGGGUGCUGAGACAAUCACUGGUCUGAAUGCUGCUCGAAGCACUGUAGAGCAGAAUCGUUUGGAGGAGGAACGUCUUACGAAACAAGCUGCUCGGAAGGACAAGAAACGUGAAAGCGAUGUUAUUCCUCCUGAGAGGAACAGCAGCCUGGCUGGAGACACGCGCCGCACAUCGAUGCGUAGUUCGGACAAGCGAAGCUCGAAAGACCAGCCAAAAAGCAAGCCAAACGCAAGUCGAGUGAGGACGUGGGAGGAUCGCAGCGGCACUUUCAAAGUAGAGGCUGAAUUCAUCGGGCUACGUGAAGGGAAGAUUCACCUACACAAACUUAACGGCGUUAAGAUCGCUGUCCCGGUGUCGAAAAUGGCCGUCCAAGAUCUUGAGUAUGUCGAGCGUGCCACGGGAGCAAGUUUGGAUGAAGAUAAGCCGCUGUCCGAUAUCAAGCGGCGAAACACACAACGACAAAGGGAGCAGAACGGCACACGGUCAGCGGCAGGUGCUAGUGUGCAGAGGAAAGAAGACUACGAUUGGUUUGACUUCUUUCUGCAGUGCGGUGUUGACCCACAUAUUUGCGAGCGGUACGCUGGGUCGUUCUCGAAGGACAACAUGGGUCCCGAAAUUCUUCCAGACGUGAAUUCGCAGCUGCUACGCACGUUGGGUCUCAAGGAAGGGGAUAUUCUCAGGGUGAUGAAGUUUUUGGACAACAAAUACGAUAGACACCUUCAAGUGGCUUCGUCAACAGGUGGAGCCGAGAGCUCCAAUGGUGGUCUGUUCGCUGGCCCCGGCGGUGUCCUGAAGAAUAACACCAGGAAAGGCAGACCUGCGCCUGCUGUGCAAACGAAUGACGUCGUUGACGAGAGCACUUUCAAGGACAAAUCUGAAAGCGCGGGUGUCAAGACGCCGCUCGCAGACGCGAAGUCCGGGUCAGCAUCUGCGGGUCAAUCGAAUGGCUUCGACGACGAUGCCUGGGACGUGAAGCCUCAGCGAACGCAGACGCCUGCAUCGGCAGUGACGCCAACUCCAGCGCCUGUUCAGGAACCAGCUAAGCCCUUGAUCAACGACGAUAUUGCUUCGCUGUCUAUAUCUGCUCCUCCGUUGCAGCCAACGCCUGCUCCACAACCACAACCUGCUAUGCAAGCUCAGCAGCCUGCUCAAGCUGCUCAAGCUGCAGCACCCCCAGUCCCACCGGUAGCAAAUCAGGCCAUCUUCGAUAAAAUUGCUUCUUUGGCACCUGCUGCUCGUCAGCAGCAGCCUCAACAGACCGGGUUCCAGCAGCCUAUGCAGACUGGUUAUCAGCAGAGUACUAUGCCGCGACAAAGGCCCGCGGCCCCGCCCCAACAGAACGGAGGGUCUUUCAGCAUGCCACCGCCCCCGAGAGCAGCCUCGGCGCCAGGCUUCCCGCCUCAACAACAGUCUUCGUUCGGCCCACCGCCACUACAGGCGCAGCUCACCGGCUACCAGCCACAAAACCAGGUGCCACAACAGCAGCAAUUUCAGCCAAUGCAGCCGCAACAAACCGCAUACCAGCCGCAGGGCUUCAACCAAGUGUUUCCGCAGCAGAACAGUAUCCAGGCGAUGCAACAGAACUACCCUCCUAUGCAACCUCAACCGACCGGAUUCCAGCCUCAGAGCCAAUUCGGUCAACAAUACGGCCAGCAAUAUGGACAAGGGCAAACACCUUAUCAACAACAACCAGUCAACGGCGCGCAAACCGGGUCUCCAUUUGCAGACCCGCCUCGACAACCCUACCAGCCAAUGCCGUCGGGACUCUCGAAUUCCUUUACCGCGCAACAGACUGGGUUCCAGCCGUCUUUUAACAUGUCACAGCCCACCGGCAUGAACGGGUAUGCAACUCAGCCUGCGCCUUCUCUUCCCCCUCAACAGACUGGAGGAGUCUUUGGGCCUUCUCAACCCCUUUCUAUACCAGCUGCGCCACUCGUGCCUCAAAAGACUGGACCGCCGCCUCCAGUUCGCUUUGGCUUGCAACCCGGAGCUAAACCUCUGAUGCCUCAGCCCACAGGUAGGGCCAACUUGUCUAAAGCGACUCCGCAAAAUCCAUUCGGCUUCUGAGUGUGAUCACUGGUGAUCGUUGUUUAUACCAUGUGAAACAGCUAUAGAAUGGGUAAAUGUACAUAGUGUACUACGUUUGCUAUAAUAUCUGCAAAUAAAGAGUGGCUUUGGAGCCGUGAUUUCAGGGUGUAAUAUGCUGGGGGCCAUUGUUGUCGCCGUUGUCGUUGUAUUGCGAUGUCUAGGUACCUGAAGUCUGUGACGGAGACACUUUAGGUAGGCCUGCAAUAGAGGCAGCAGGGCAUUACAUGGCUUACAAUGACAGCGACAAUUUAGUGGGCAAGAAGACCUAGUACAACGCAAGAAUGUGAUUGAUCAGUAAAC